AUGAUGGAGGAUGGACAAACCCCAGAUGAAUUAUGUAAUCAAUCCACAUCUAAAGAAAUUGAAAAUAAAGCCAUUAAAGAGAUAGACAAUGAAAAUAUGAGAAAAAGUGAGGGGGCAGCUAAAACAAAUGGAAAACAUGAAAGAAAAGAAAAAGAUGAGGAUAGUGCAAAGAUAAAAGACAUCAAGGAUAAAGGAAAAGAGGAAAGACUGAAGAGUGAAGAGGUAAGAGGAAAAAAUAAAGAGGAGAAAGAGAAGAGCAGAGACCUAAAAGGAAAAAGUAAAGAAGAAAAACUGACUAAACCCAAAGAAGAAGCAUCAAAGGAAAUUGUCAAAGAGGAAAAAUAUUCUAAGACAAGGAGUGAGUCAAAAGACUUUAAGAAUGAUGAAAACUGCUCCGGCUCUUCUGUGACAAACUCUAGCAAAUGCUGUUCAACACAAUGUAAUGAUUCAUUCAGUGCACAAAACCUUGAGGAGAAAAAACAACCAAAAGCUUCAGAAACACAAACAACAACUUCGACCAUUUAUGAUGAAACAAUAGAAAAAGUAAGGGGCAAUGAUUCUGAAAUAAUUGAAGUGAAUUUAAAUAAUGCAGAGAGAAUGAACAAUGAUAUUUUAAUACGUUUUGCUGAUGCAUUGAAAGAAAACACUGUUGUGAAGACCUUUAGCUUUGCCAAUACUCAUGCAGACGACCAUGUUGCUUUUGCUGUUGCUGGUAUGUUAAGGACAAACAAGAGCAUAACAAACCUCAACUUGGAAUCCAACUACAUCUCUGGCAAAGGUGUAAUUGCUAUCAUGAGAGCUUUGCAGCAGAAUAACGUACUGACAGAGUUCAGAUUCCACAAUCAGCGUCACAUAUUUGGAGGGCAAGUCGAGAUGGAUAUUGCCAAACUUUUAAAAGAAAAUAUCACCCUUCUUAAGCUGGGCUACCAUUUUGAGUUGGCAGGGCCACGUAUGACUGUGACAAACUUACUAAGUAGGAACAUGGAUAAACAAAGGCAAAAGCGUUUACAGGAGCAAAGACAGGGGCAAACAGGGGACAAAAAGCAAGCACUUGAAGUCCCAAAGACAUCUGGCAUGCAAAAAUCACCUAAAUCAUCUCCACAAUCUUCUCCCAGAAGUUCACCUUGGUCAUCCCCUAAACCAACUCCAAAGAAGACUGCUACUCAUGCACCACCACCUGCUCCUCCUCCUCCUCCAGUCCUGCCAGAAAAAGCCAACUUUAUGACUCAGAAUCAUAAAUUACAAAGCAAGAGGACUGGAGAGGAACAUGAAGAGACCAAGAAGUUAAGAAAUUCCUUGACACCUGUAUCUGAAAGAAAGUUGGAAGACAGGCCACCCGCUCAAGAACAGAAUUCAAGAGAUCAGCUUCUGGCUGCCAUUCGAAGGAGCAAUAAGAAAAAUUUAAGGAAG